AUGGCAUUGCCGGACGUGAAGCCCGACAGAAAACGACCGAUUCAGACUAAAAGUGGUGAAAACUAUUGGUGGCUCGUGUUCGGUGCAAUCGUAACAUUGACGUUUUUCAGUAGAUUUUACAAAGUGACUGAACCUGACCAUGUGUGUUGGGAUGAGACCCAUUUCGGGAAAAUGGGUAGUUGGUACAUCAAUCGAACUUUCUUCUUUGAUGUGCAUCCUCCUCUUGGUAAAAUGUUAAUAGCAUUAUCUGGUUAUCUUACUGGGUAUGAUGGCAGAUUUGCUUUUGAGAAACCAGGCGAUAAAUAUGAAGAUGUAAAUUAUAUAGGAAUGAGAGUAUUUUGUACUCUAUUAGGAGCAGCAAUUGUCCCAUUUGGCUUUAUAAUAGUUUGGGAAUUGACAGAAUCUCUUACUGCCGCUACUCUGUCUGCAUCAUUGAUCCUUUGUGAUGUGGGAAUGUUGACAUUGACCCAGUACAUUUUACUAGAUCCUAUUCUAUUAUUUUUUGUAAUGGGAUCUGUGUUGGGAAUGGCAAAAUUCCACAGUUGUAAAAGCCCAGCAUUUUCAUUUGGUUGGUGGUUUUGGUUGGUAUUUACUGGUGUAAUGUUGACUUGUUCAUUUAGUGUCAAAUUUGUUGGCCUUUUUGUUGUCAUACUUAUUGGAGUGUACACAGUUAUCGACUUAUGGAAUGUAUUAGGAGAUUUAUCCCAGCCAAUAGCAUAUACUGUGAAACAUUUUGCUGCUAGGUUUUUAUGUCUAAUAUUACUGCCAGCAGUAUUAUAUAUGCAAAUUUUUUAUAUACACCUUUUAGUAUUGAAAAAAAGUGGAAAUGGUGAUGGCUUUUAUAGUUCAGCAUUUCAGUCUCAAUUGGAGGGAAAUUCACUGUAUAAUGCGAGUAUGCCAAAGGAAGUGGCCUAUGGUGCAAUUAUUACUUUAAAAAAUCAUAGAACAGGUGGUGGUUACCUUCAUUCACAUUGGCACUUAUAUCCUGAAGGUAUUGGUGCUAGACAACAGCAGGUUACAACUUACACUCACAAAGAUGAAAACAAUAAUUUCCUAAUUAAAAAGUAUAAUACAGAUGAAGUAGAUUCUGAUGAGAUAGAAUUAGUUAAACAUGGAGAUCUUGUGAGACUUGAACAUGUGUCAACACGUAGAAACAUUCAUUCUCACAAAGAAAAUGCUCCUCUCUCAAAGAAGCAUUAUCAAGUUACAGGGUAUGGAGAGAAUGGAACUGGCGAUGCAAACGAUGUAUGGAAAAUAAUGAUUGUAAAUGGAAAUGAUGGUGAUGUAGUUACAACUGUAUUUAGUAAAUUAAAAUUUGUUCAUUAUUUGCAACAUUGUGUAUUAACUUCAAGUGGUAAGCAGUUACCAAAGUGGGCUUACGAACAGCAAGAAGUGUCUUGUAAUCCAAACAUGAGAGAUCAGAAUGCUAUUUGGAAUGUUGAAGAUAACAUAUUUCCCAAGCUGCCUAAUGUAAGCUUUGAAGUGUACGCGCCAAGUUUUUUUGAACGGUUUAUUGAAUCACAUGCUGUAAUGUUGCAAGGUAAUGCCGGGCUGAAGCCAAAGGAAGGAGAAGUUACUUCAAGGCCUUGGCAGUGGCCUGUCAAUUUCAGAGGACAGUUUUUUUCAGGGAACAAUUACAGGAUAUAUCUACUAGGAAAUCCUCUUGUUUGGUGGGGAAAUCUAAUAUUUUUAGGGGCAUACUUAAUUGUUUUUGUGUAUGUUUCUGUACAAGACCAGCGAGGAUACAAGUGUCCAGUUGAAUUGAAAGAUCUGAGGCAAAGAAUGUUGGGUUCCUGUGGGUGGUUGUUCCUUGGAUGGGGAUUACAUUAUGUUCCUUUCUGGGCAAUGGGAAGGGUUCUCUACUUUCAUCAUUACUUUCCUGCCGUGCUUUUUAAUUCUAUGCUGUCUGGAAUUAUUGUUCAUUACCUAUUGCAAUAUGUGUAUUACACUUUGUCUGAAAGAUUGGCUAGUACAGUGUACCACUGGUUUAUUGGUGUGGUAUUUUCUGCUCUGGUAUAUAGUUUUUAUCUUUUUUCACCACUUGCAUAUGGUAUGAUAGGGCCAUCAGCUACAGACCCAAACAGUAGUAAUGCAGUAGUUUAUAACAAUUUCAUAACAUUAGAUAAUUCUUUGAAUCCAAAACCAUUGAAUUUUAAUCUCAUUUGGCUAAGAGAUCACUGCAGAUGCCCUGAAUGCUACAAUUACUCAACAAAUCAAAAGAGGUGCAGUAUUUUGGACAUUGCUCGAAAUGCAUCUGUAAAAGAAUGUACUGUUGAAAAUAACAUACUUAAAAUAAUAUGGACAGAUAAUCAUAAAUCUACUUUCUCAUUAGAGUGGUUGACACAAUUUUAUAACAACACAAAAAAAUGUGAAUGUCCUGUUCUGUGGAAUAAAAGAAUUAUGAAAUCUCUUAACAUUAAAUCAAUAGACGUAAAGGACUUUCUCUAUUCUGACAAAGGUAUUUUAGAGCUCCUGACAUCUAUUCUCCAUUUUGGAGUCGGUUUCAUUAAAAAUGUAUUACCAACCAAAGAAGCCACAGAACAAGUUAUUCAGAAAAUAUCUCAUACUCAGCGAACAUUUUUUGGUGAUAUGUGGGAGUUUACUGAUUCUUUGGAUCAUGAAGAUACUGCAUACACUCGUGAUGCACUUGGAGCUCACACAGAUAACACUUACUUUUCUGAAGCUGCGGGGCAAGUCAUUUUAUGAUGGAUGAUUGCAGGUAUUUCAUUGUUUACACCAUGAUGGUGAAGGUGGUGAAACAUUACUUGUAGAUGGUUUCUAUGUCGCACAGCAUUUGAAAGAAAAAUAUCCUACAAGUUAUCAACGACUAACUUCAACAUUUAUCGAAUCAGAAUUCAAGGAGGCUGAGAAACACUAUUUAGCAUGUGGUCCAAUAUUAAAACUGAAUUCAAUAACAGGAGAAUUGGAACAAGUUAGGUUCAACAUGUAUGAUCGUGCACCUCUCAAAACAGUAGCAAUGGAAAAUAUGCAAGAUUUUUAUGAAGAUUUUAUAAAUUUGUCAAAAAUUAUAUGUGAUCCUCAAAAUGAAUGGUGGUUUAAACUACAACCUGGGACUGUUCUAAUAUUUAAUAACUGGAGAGUACUGCAUGGAAGAGCAGCGUACACAGGGCACAGAAGAAUAGCAGGUUGUUAUAUUGGAUACUCGGACUGGCACAGUAAAGCUAGGACUCUUGGCCUUCUCUGAAUGGUUGAUAAAUUUCUCCAGGGAAACAUUCCAAUGAAAAGAAGGCAUUGGAAACUUUACCAACAAAUUGAUGUCUGAAGAGAAAAUCAGUAGAAAACACUCAAUGAUAAAUUAAAACUAUUCAAUUAAUAAUAAUUUUAUGUUAAUUAUGAUUUAUGCAAAACAAGAUUUGUUUUUUUUUAUCUCUUUAUUCAUUUUAUAUUUUUGCUGAAUUCUGAACAGUAGGUACAUCAUUGUCUA